ACCAUCAUUUUCGGCAGUUGAUAUCUAGUACCAUCGAAGCGAUUAACGUGAGGGGGGUUUGAUUGCUUCGUUUUACCCAUUGGUGCUGCCAAGAGUCUACAGGCCCAGUACAGUGGCUGCCACGUGCGUCGUUAUUGAUACCGCAGCGAAAACAAUAUAUGCCACGCCCAAGCUGCACUAAAAGCAAGGUAUGACAGUCUCGAAAGAGCGUUGUUGGGAGCGGCUCUGAGGACAAAAGGGACCAGCUGUUCGACGCUGUGGCAGUGAUUUUGGAACACCGACCUCACCACCAGCACGAAGAAACACAUCGUCAACCAUGUUUUGGCAAACGGUUGCUCUCUCUGCGCUCUUUGUGCGCAAUGCCUCAGCAGUUCCCCAAGCUGGUGGCGGAAACUCAGGAUCUGCGGAUUUCUUACGCUUCGGCUGCUCUCAGCUCGUCGUCGAACGGACCGACCCUCUGGUCAAUCCAGGACUACUACCCAGCCCUCACAUGCAUCAAGUGGUGGGCGGGAAUAGUUUCAACAUCACCAUGGACCCUGACAGCAUCGAUCCGCCCAAGACUUCUACCUGCACAAGCUGUAUAUAUACCGAAGAUACGAGCAACUACUGGACGGCAUCCAUUUAUUUCAAGUCACCAGAAAAUGGGACCUACAAACGUGUCCCUCAAAUGGCGAACGGCAGACUCAAUAACACCUUGUUGGAACAAGAUGGGGGACUUACGGUGUACUAUAUGCGCCCCUUCUCGGGUACCAAGACGAUGAAGAUGACGGCUAUGAGGCCGGGCUUCCGGAUGCUUGCAGGAGACCCCACCCUUCGAUCUAAGAGCACCAAGUACCCAGGGAUCUGCCAUCGCUGUCUUCAAAAGGGCGAUCGCGUCUCCGGUGGCUCAGGUGCUCCUUGUGACAGUAAAGACACUGCUGAGUUCCCAAACAAACCCUGCCCGGGUGGCAUCCGUGCUACAGUGAUUUUCCCCUCGUGCUGGGAUGGAAAGAAUGUCGACAGCCCCGAUCAUAGAAGCCACGUUGCUUACGCCCCUGGCAGCAACGCGCUUGCAGGCGACAAGUGCCCAUCUACACACCCCGUCCGUAUCCCGCAGGUCAUGUACGAAAUCAUGUACGAUACGAGUGGGGCUAUGAGCGAUCCCAAGUACUUCCAGAACGGCAAGCAACCCCUUGUGUACAGUUUCGGCGAUCCAACUGGAUACGGUGCACAUGGUGAUUACCUCUUCGGCUGGAAAGAUGAUGCGCUCCAGCGGGCAAUGGAUAACCUCGGGAAAGGCUGCGCCAGUGAGGAUUGUACCAAGAUCUUGAAGAUUCAAUCGGGCAAGGAUGCUAUCGCUUGCACGAAGGCGCAGCAAGCGAAGGAAGAUGUUGGUAACAGCAACUGGCUCACUGAAAUUCCUGGGAAUAUUAUGGUUCAAUAAGGGAUACGUAGUCAUGGGCGACAAGAAUAUAGCAGACUAUUCGACACAGCUAUCAUUCGCAGAUGGGUUACGCUAAUUUCAGUUUCUAGUGCCUCCCAGCGAGCUAUGUCGUUACUUUAUGAUUUAAAACUCUGUAUACAUCCACUGAGCAAUUAUCACGAAGGUGAUGACAAAAUAGAUGCCAUGACAAGGUUACCUCAGACGCAUACAGAGAUCCUAUACACCAAGCAUAAUGACAACAGACGCGAAUAACAGUGACCCCACGAGUCUAGACAUGAAGUACCGUUAACCUACGUCAGACAUGGAAACCGAAUAUCUGUAUCCUAACAGAGAAUCGGCACUGUCAGACUAUGUCAAACUCUACAUGGUCAGUACCUUUUAAGGGCUGACUUGUGCCUGAAUGGGACGA